UUGUCACAUUCCUUUCUUUUUCCUCCCCCACUUUAUACAUCUAAAAACCAUAUAAAUACAUCAUGUAUACACUCUUUAUCCCAAAACUCUUCUUCAUUUCUCAUAUUUUUCUUGUUCAAUUUGAUCACAAUAUGAUGAUAGAGUCUUGGAAUCCUCCUCUCCUACAUGAUUACUCGAAGCUAUCGCGACUACAGAGUAAUCGCGACUGCUCAAAUAAUGGGGUUCUCAUGAUGGAAGAGUUGGAACUUCCGAUGAUAGAUUUGAACGGUUUAAAAAGUAGAGACGAGAGAGAAGUGAUUCGAUGUGAAAACGCGAUAGCUAAGGCUUCUUCUGAAUGGGGUUUUUUUCAAGUUGUGAAUCAUGGUGUGAGCCUUGAAUUGCUAAGAAAAAUGAGGAAUGAACAAAUGAAAUUGUUUAAAGCACCAUUUGAAAUGAAAGCUAAUUGUGGAUUAUUAAAUAAUUCAUAUAGAUGGGGAAAUUCAACAGCUACUUGUCCAAAACAAUUUAAUUGGUCAGAAGCUUUUCAUAUCCCUGUGACAAAAAUCUCAGAAAAUGCUUCUUAUGGAGAGUUCACAACUUUAAGGGAUGUGAUGGUGGAAUAUGCAACUUCAAUGCAAGAUUUAGCCAAAUCACUUGCUAGUGUUCUUGUGAAGAAAUUAGACCACAAAGAUAGUGAAAUUGGAGAAAUUUGCAAUGAAAAUUCAUGUUUUCUUAGGUUAAAUCACUAUCCAUCAUGUCAAUUACCACAAGAAAUAUUUGGAUUAGUGCCACAUACAGAUAGUGAUUUCUUAACUAUACUUCAUCAAGAUGAAGUUGGUGGACUUCAAUUAAUGAAAGAUUCCAAAUGGGUUGCUGUUAAGCCUAAUCAAAAUGCACUUAUUGUAAACAUCGGAGAUCUUUUUCAGGCUUGGAGCAAUGAUGUAUACAAAAGUGUGGAACACAAAGUGAUGGCAAAUGGAAAGAAGGAGAGGUUCUCAAUAGCUUAUUUUCUUUGCCCUUCUUAUGAUUUUAAGAUUCGAAGCUACAAAGAACCCUCUAUUUAUAAGAAAUUCACUUUUGGUGAAUAUAGAUAUCAAAUUCAACAAGAUGUCAAAUUUAUUGGCCACAAAGUAGGCCUCUCAAGGUUUCUUCAAUAGCAUUUACCAUAUACAAACAAUUAAAAAAAAAAAUCAGAAAAUCACUAAUUUUUGAAAAUUUUGGUGACAAAUCAAAUAUCAAUUAAUUCCAUCGAAAAUUAUUGAUUUUCUGAUAAUGAAUAUAUAAUAUAUUGGUAUUGUACUAAGGUCUAAGAAUAUGAUUUCUUUCAUGAAAUACGAAUUUCAAGAUUACUCAUUGGUCUUCGAUUCCGAAAGAAACCCUUAAAUUUGAGGGAGUUGAUUGAAAAAAAGAUUUUAUUCUAUUUCAUUCUUAUAUAUAUUAGAUUUUGUUCAUUUUAUUAUUGUUUUCAUUUUAAUAAAUGAAGAUUUGAGUUAAGUUUUGUCAUUUAAA